UUCAUAGGAAAAAUUGUCGUAAAUAAACAACAAUUAAAGGAGUAAUUCGUGAAAUUAUAAAAUCGUGUGGUGGCUUGAGGUCUUAUAAAAGGAGUGUGUUUUUAUGAAUAGUGGUGCAGUGUUCUGUAUGUCGUGUGAUUCAUAAUGAAAGUCCUGUUGUUGCUGGUUUUUGCAACUUUAAGCUUUCAAUAUGGGGACAGUGCGAUGAGUGAAGCCCAGAUGAAAGCUGCGCUGAAACUGGUGCGAAAUGUGUGCCAGCCAAAAUUUAAAACCACUAACGAACAAAUCGAUGCGAUGCAUAACGGCGACUGGGGGAUGGAAAAAAACGCAAAAUGUUACCUGUGGUGUAUACUAAACAUGCAUAAACUGAUUAGCAAAGAAAACACGUUUGAAUGGGAAACCGGUGUCGCCACACUUACAGCCCAAGCACCUGAAUCUCUGAGACCUACAGCGGUUGCUUCAAUUCAAAACUGCAAAGACGCUGUGAAGACACCUUCAGACAAGUGUUUGGCUGCGUACGAAAUAGCGCAUUGCAUAUAUUUGGACAACCCUGAGAAAUACUUUUUGCCUUGAUUGACGCACCCACGUUUGUGAAUGUUUUAGUAAAAUGGUGUCACAUGCAAAACAUUGUUUUACUUUACCGAUCCCUUUUAGAAUGUAUGUCAAAAACGAAAAUAAAAAAAUUCAAACAA